CCUCCUCUCUCUUGCGCGGUCUGCGCAUCCCCCUGUUUCCCACCUCCCUUCUCCCCAGACCCGGCGGCGGCGGCGGCGCCGCCACUGAACCACCGACCUCCCGCCGACGCCUGCAGCCGAGCUGCCUCUCCAUGACAAGGCGUCCGCCUUGCUCGUAGCGAGCCGUCAGACAGCGAGGGAGCUGUAUGGGAGUCGAGGGAGCAAGCGGAGCGCUGCCGAGCCCGGAAGAGAGUAUCUCAUCGGCGGGGAGGAGGAGGAAGCGGAACCAUGGCCCGGUCCCGGGCGCUGCUGCACCUCUCCACGCGGCUGAUGAACGUCACCCUCGCCGCGCUCUGCCGCGGGGGCUGCCUCGACCGCGCGGAGUCCGUCCUCGUCGACGCCAUCCGCCUCGGCCUGCCCCCCGACGUCGUCACCUACAACACCCUCCUCGCCGCGUACUGCCGGGCCGCGGGGCUCGACGCGGCGCUCGCUGUCGUGCACCGGAUGCGGGAGGCCGGGGUGAGCCCCGACGCCGUCACCUACAACUCCCUCAUCUCGGGCGCGGCGCGGCGCGGGCUCACGAUGCGCGCCCUCGACCUGUUCGACGAAAUGAUCCGCUCGGGCGUCGCCCCCGACUCGUGGAGCUACAACGCGCUCAUGCACUGCCUGUUCCGGUCCGGCCACCCGGAGGACGCCUACCGGGUGUUCGCCGAUAUGGCGGAGAAGGGCGUCACGCCGAGUGCCACGACUUACAACACGAUGCUCGACGGGCUGUUCAGGACCGGCCACGCGACGAACGCGUACAGGAUGUUCAGGUACCUGCAGAGGGUGGGUCUCCCCAUUGGCAUUGUCACUUACAACACAAUGAUCAACGGGCUGUGCAAGUCAGGCAAGGUGGGCUAUGCCCGCAUGGUCCUUAAGGAGCUGGGGAGUACCGAGCAUGCUCCGAAUGCUGUCACAUACACGACGGUUAUGAAGUGCUGCUUUAGGUACGGCAGGUUUGAUCAGGGUUUGGAGACCUUUUUGUCCCUGCUUGAAGGAGGGUACAUUUCAGAUGCCUUCCCGUACACGACGGUGAUCAGUGCGCUUGUCAAGAAGGGCCGGAUGCAGGAAGCCAAUACCUAUUGUGAGCUCAUGAUACAAAGCGGUUCCACUAUUGACAAUGUGUGCUACAACACCCUGAUCCACCUGCGAUGCCAGGAAGGGAAGCUGGACGAUGCGUUUGAGCUGUUGAACAUGAUGGAAGAAGGUGGUCUGGAGAGUGAUGAGUACACAUUCUCAAUUUUGGUUAAUGGUCUGUGCAAGAUGGGGCAAAUCGGGGAAGCAGAGAAGCAGAUAUGGUCCAUGGAGAUGAUGGGCAUGCAAUCAAAUGUUGUGGCAUACAAUUGCUUGAUUGACGCACUAUGCAAAUCUCAUGAGGUGGAUGCAGCCAUCAAAGUACUGCACAGCAUGAAGCUAAAGGAUGAUUUUACUUACACUUCACUAGUCCAUGGUCUAUGUAAGGUGGGUAGGUACCAUAUGGCAUCCAAAUUUUUGCGGAUCUGCUUGCAUGAAGGGAAUAAUGUUCUAGCGUCUGCAAAGCGUGCUGUCAUUUCCGGGCUUCGUAGUGCAGGGUUUAAAAAUGAUUUGAGGAAAGUCCGAUCAGCAUUAUAUAUGUCUAGGCUGCUGCGGUCUUAGUCCAAGAAAAAAGAUCCGCAACCUGACUGGAUGCUCCCGUGAAAUGGACAAUUCAGUGAAGACUGAAUAGAUGAUCCUUUACGGAGAUGAAUGAUGAAGCACCUAACCAGUCGAUCAGUGCAUCAUGCCCCACAUCAAGGAAACCAGAACUGUGUUAUCUCUAUAAAGGUGCUACUCCUGUAAAUCGGUUAUUGGAGGCUCCAUAGGCUGGGGAUGUUAAAGUGCGCAGCAAGCCAUGCCACCCUCAAACCCAAAUGUUUAUUGAAAAUCAAUGAACAAGGGCUGAUGCACAUGAUUACUGCUUGGCGUAGGCUGAUGCACUCAUGACCUCUAGUUGCCAGAUGGUAACAGCUCUGUAUAUGUGCAGGAAGCGAUCCCUCCAUGGUUUAAAACUUCACCUUUCAUCAUAUUGGUUUUAGGUGAAAAGAGUUUGAGGUGUUGGAAUCAACUCUUGGUGACUACAUGUAUUCCAAAUUUCCAACAGAAGUUAAAUCCCAUGGAGCGAAAUACUAAUGAUGCCCUCUUUUGGAUGGUUGUUGGUCAUUGAUUCAGAACAGAGUUGCCCCCGGUUGGAUGGACGCACAGUAUGCAGUCAUGAAAUGAAGAUGUUGCAGCAUAGUACAAAGCAAUAUGUUGUUAUCCUUUUUAUUUGGUUCAUUAAUUCUUUUGGAGUGGGUGAAGAAAGAAUCUUAUUCUCUUUGGGUGAUACUUAUCUCACAAUUUAUCUGUCUGAAGCGAAUUCUAUACCAAUGGAAUACUACACAACACUUAAUCACAUAACUAUGUCGAUGGACAGGAAUGAUGCUGCAAACAAAUUUUGAUAUUUUGGUCUAAAACUCUGGCAGUCAGCCGAUGAUGUGCAAUUUAGUAAAAUAAUAGAUAUCAUCACAAUUGAGUUAAUGCAAACAUUAAUCUUUUGUCUUUCCA